AUGAUGAAUUCAUUUUUCCUGACGAUAGUGGUUUUACUCCAAAUUGCAACUAAUAUUCAAUGUAUAUCGAGUCCCCUUCGUCAGUUUUCAACAUAUCGAAAUGUAACUGAACUCAUUGAUAAUAUUGCUGAGUUAUGGUGGACAGUGAAUGAAGUCAACAAGGAGAUUACAUUUGAAUUACAUGUCAAAACGACAGGAUGGAUUGGGCUUGGUAUUGCACUAGAUAAUGGAGUCAGUGAAGAUGCAGACAUGGGUAUUGGUUGGAUUGAUGCAAGUGGAAAUGUGCAUUUUGAGGAUCGACAUGCUGUUGGCUUUACACAACCAGUCAAAGAUUCAACAACACAAGAUUGGUUUGGUUUGCAAGGUCGAGAAGAAAAUAACUGGACAGCCAUUCAAUUCAAACGUUCAUUGGAUACAAAAGACUCGAUGGAUAUUCCUAUUAAACCAGGAAUAAAUGUUGUCCUAUUUGCAUACGGACUCAUCGAUCCCAAUCCUGACAUAACAUAUCAUGAAAAUCGUCGCAUUACACACAGAUUCCCUUUGUGGAAGGCUUAG